CACCACGAGAAGGGAAAAUCACGUGAAGAGUGGCUGGAAUGGAGCCACGUCAGCCUCACAAACCAGAAGCCAAUGACGGCCCACCUUUUGAUCUGACCUCCCUCCCUCUUAAGAUAUUUUCGGCGAUCCCAGGAUUCCGAGCGGCGGGGUGUGCUGGGGAAGGCAUAGAAAUGGAGAGAAAUUUUGGGGACGCUGAGAACAAGGAUGGGCCUGGAGAUAAGGAGGUCAAGUGGGAGAGGUUGAGGGUUCUGCUGGUCGAAGCCGACUAUUCCACUCGCCAGAUUAUCACUGCCCUCCUCCGCAAAUGCAGCUACAGAGUUGCAGCAGUUCCUGAUGGAUUAAAGGCAUGGGAGACAUUAAAGGGGAGACCUCAUAAUAUUGAUCUCAUAAUAACCGAAGUCGAAUUGCCAUCAAUAUCCGGAUUUGCACUUCUUACUUUAGUCAUGGAGCAUGACGUUUGCAAAAAUAUUCCUGUCAUAAUGAUGUCUUCACAUGACUCAAUUAGCAUGGUAUUGAAGUGCAUGUUAAAAGGUGCAGCUGACUUUCUUAUAAAGCCUGUCAGGAAGAAUGAGCUUAGGAACCUCUGGCAGCAUGUAUGGAGAAGGCACACUGGGACUGGAGGACAUAUUCCUCAAAACUUGGCUGUUCAACAGCGAAAAGUAGAGGCCACUUUUGAAAAUAUUGCACCAAGCAAUAACUCAAGUGAUUGUGUGGCAUCUACACUCAGAAAUAUUGAAUACUGUGAGAAAGAGAGUGAUGCCCAUAGCUCUUGUACAACACCUUACUCGGAAGCUGAGGGUGCAUACAUGCAAAAUAUGCAGGGUCCUUCACAGAAAAACUGGAGUGCUACAAAUUUGAGCAACUCUGUUAUGGGGAAGCAUGGAGAGUGUGCUAUGUUGGAUAAGGAAUCAGUUAUGCCUGACAGUGAAAAUAGAGAAAAAUCAUAUAGAUUGGGAUCAGAAGUUGCACCAUGCAGAGAGGCUUGUAACUCAACAGCUUUGAGAUUGAGAGGAGAUCAUGCUUGUGCUGAAUCAAUUACUCACAAUGCGGGUGGGCAAGAAGAAAUUAACAGAGGCAAUGCUGGUGUUGCCACUAAGGUUCAUGGCCGCAAUAAUGAACUUGUUGAACCUUCUAGUGGAGCUAUUGACUUGAUUGGUACAUUUGAUAAUCAACCCAAGUGCAUGUAUCUGAACAGUAAUAAUAAAGAUGGUGGCACAAACAAGUUUGAAUUUGUUCCACAUUUGGAACUUUCUUUGAGAAGAACUUGCUCUAGUAGCUUAAAUUACCAAGGUGCUGAGGAGAGGCCUACACUGAACCAUUCUAGUGCCUCUGCUUUUUCAUGGUAUGAUAGCAGUAAGAUACUGCAACCCCAUCUCCCGACACUAUCUAGGAAUUGGACCGAGUUGGAGGAGGGUGGAAGUAAAUCCCAUGAACUGUCAUCUAAUCAGCUCUCUCGUAGUCUCAAUUGUAAUUUUCUUCAGCUCGAUCAGGAAAAAUUGAGCUCUACCAUCAUUGGUCCAUCCAGGCAAGGUGAACUCAAGUUUCCUAGUCUUCAGCUUGGGACAAUUCCUGUCCCAGGGACAAGGUAUGAUAAUAGCUGUGAUGGAUACAGUCAUGUUUUACCAGUGGUGCUUCAUAAUCAGUCUGGUCCACCCACUGCAUGGAGUCCCAAACCAGCCUGCCAGCGAGAUCAGUCUCCCCUUCCUUCGAGUACCUCAUUUCAAUCCAAUCUUGUAAUGCAAAACGCAGAACAAGGUUAUCACCACUCUGAUGAGACUGCUGAAAGUUCCAUUCACCAGGCUGUACAUGAGGAUAACAAUUUGGAACCUGUGGAAGAACAUAGGCAGAAUUCUCCUGCUGUUGGUCAGACUAGUAGUUUAUGCAAUGGCCCUGGAGAUCAGAGUAAGGGUGUUGCAUAUGGGAGCAGUUCAAAGGGUAUAGAUGAGACUGCCACUGCCCCUGAGAGCUGGAAUGAAACUGGUCUCUCCAUUCAUGAUGGAUCAAGAAGAAUGGACUCUCUUCGCUCGAGCCAUAGGGAAGCAGCUCUCACAAAGUUCCGACUGAAGCGGAAAGAGCGAUGCUUUGAAAAAAAGGUUCGCUAUCACAGCCGGAAAAGACUGGCAGAGCAACGCCCUCGAGUGAAAGGACAGUUUGUUCGCCAGGUGCAAACUGAUCUAUGAUCCUGAUGGCUUAUCAAUAUGUAUUUUAUCAUAUUGCCAUGGAAAUUGACUAGUUGUAGCUAAGAGUGACAUGGGAUCUCUUGUAUUGCUGAAGCUAAAGAUUAGGAUGGUAGUUAGAGAGCUGAAUGGUUGCAAGGUUCUGCCAGGGUUGGCAGAGUUCUGACUAUAAUUUUUGCACACCAUAAAAGGGUAGUUUUGUAAUUAUGUAGUGUGGUUUCCCGAGCUUUUAAUGUUACCUCUUGUUAAUAUGCUUUCAUGCUUACCAGACAGCAGGAGUGUAUAUAGAAGACAGCUUUAAUUAUACGAUAACUUGCUUUGACAAGUUGAAUACUAAUUAUUGAUAUUUUGAAAGCUAUAUUCUUGUUUGCAA